UGUGCUUUUGUUCCACAUUUUCAAUGCCCAGGAGCACAUAGACCUGCACCUGUUGGUAAUUACGAGCAAGCCAGCCUUUGCCGAGUCCCAGGCCUCUGCUUAAACUUUUUUACUGGAACUAAAUGAUGUUGCCAUUUUUAUUUUUAGGUUUGCUGGCAUGGGUAAUCUCAUUAAGGUGCUAACCAGGGACAUAGACCACAAUGCAGCACAUUUUUUCUUGGACUUUGAAAGUACCUUAACAUGGGGAAUCUUCUUAAAGUUUUGACAUGCACAGACCUUGAGCAGGGGCCAAAUUUUUUCCUUGAUUUUGAAAAUGCCCAGCCCACAGAGUCUGAGAAGGAGAUUUAUAAUCAGGUGAAUGUAGUACUGAAGGAUGCAGAAGGCAUCUUGGAGGACUUGCAGUCAUAUAGAGGAGCCGGCCAUGAAAUCCGAGAGGCCAUCCAGCAUCCAGCAGAUGAGAAGUUACAAGAGAAGGCAUGGGGUGCUGUUGUCCCACUAGUAGGCAAAUUAAAGAAAUUUUAUGAAUUUUCUCAGAGGUUAGAAGCAGCAUUAAGAGGUCUUCUGGGAGCCUUGACAAGUACCCCAUACUCUCCCACCCAGCAUCUAGAGCGAGAGCAGGCUCUUGCUAAACAGUUUGCAGAAAUUCUUCAUUUCACACUCCGAUUUGAUGAACUCAAGAUGACAAAUCCUGCCAUACAGAAUGAUUUCAGCUAUUACAGAAGAACCCUGAGUCGUAUGAGGAUUAAUAACGUCCCGGCAGAAGGAGAAAAUGAAGUAAAUAAUGAAUUGGCAAAUCGAAUGUCUUUGUUUUAUGCCGAGGCAACCCCGAUGCUGAAAACCUUAAGUGAUGCCACAACAAAAUUUGUAUCAGAGAAUAAAAAUUUACCGAUAGAAAAUACCACAGACUGUCUAAGCACCAUGGCCAGUGUGUGCCGAGUCAUGCUGGAAACACCGGAAUACAGAAGCAGGUUUACAAAUGAAGAGACAGUGUCGUUCUGCUUGAGGGUAAUGGUGGGUGUCAUCAUACUCUAUGACCAUGUACAUCCAGUGGGAGCAUUUGCCAAAACCUCAAAAAUUGAUAUGAAAGGCUGUAUCAAAGUUCUUAAGGACCAACCUCCUAAUAGUGUAGAAGGCCUUCUCAAUGCUCUCAGGUGUGUAUAUGGACAUGUACAUACGGAUCGGAAGAGUGCACGUAAGAACGUGCUUCAGAGUGGAAUAGCACCAAGGAUGUGAAUGUAAAUGUUCAAGUUAGAAAUGUAGAGAUCUCGUUUUGCUAUUGGUAAUGUUGCUUCAGGCCCGUAUUGCUUACUCACUCUCUCUCUCUCUCUCUCUCUCUCUCUCUCUGUGUGUGUGUGUGUGUGUGUAAUGAGAAUGGCAGCUCUGUUUCUUUGCUAAAGAGUUUGGUUUUUACCUUCUGCCCCUCUUGAGGCAGAGGUUGCUUAUUUACAAUGCAGAGUUUUUUCUUUACAGUUGUCUAUGAUCAUUCUCCAUAAAAUAGUUACUUUUUCUCAGCUUAGACUUACCUGAUUUAUUUACUGAAGCUCCUAAGAAUGACAUUUUGGCCCAGUACAAUGACUUGACCAAUCUAAUCUCUGUCUGAUCUCUGUCUUAAAGGGAUUUAAUUGGAAAUAUAUGUUCCCUGCCAUUAUAGUUGAUGUCUCAUUACUUGAUUUUUUGUGUGUUUAAACAUAAAAAUUAUAUGAACAUAACAGUACUUACACAGUGACUUUCUGAGGUCACAGUUACCGAGCUUCUCACUGCAGGCCAUUGUAGUUUGCUGGUUUCCAGGUCAGUAUUGUGUCCCCACAGGUUGUGGAGAAUGUUUAGUCACACUGGGUUCAUCAUAAAGCAAAAUCUAGGUUGUGUCAUUUCAGCUGAGUGUAACCAUCAAAUAAUUUUAUUAUGACUAUGGAAAGUGCAGCGACUGCCUGAGUGAUGGAGGUCUGUUCUAAAUGAAUGUCAGAACAAUGAAGGAACAGAAUAUAAAAAGAAAACGUCCUUAAAAUGUCAAACUGUUUUAACCAUAAGCCUAUCAAAAACCUUAAGUUUUUGGAAAUUUUUUUACUCUGGAGGUUUUUCGUUGGUUUUACCAAUAUUUGCAGUAUUGUGAAUCUUUCCUACUCGAUCCCUUUCCGAAGACUCCCUCUGUCCCUGUCAGCCAGUUUUUCUCAGACUGAGCUCUUUUCUGUCUGAUCGGUGAGACUCUCCAGAGCCAGCAGGUGACAGACAUCUUUUUUAAACAGUAAGAGGUAGGUGAGAUCUCAGAGGUUUUAGUAGUAGUCCUUUACCUGGAAGGGACUGUGCUUCGAAUAUUAAUUUAAAAUCCAGAGUUUACUUUUCCUUUUCAGAGUUUAAAGCUAGUUCAGUCUCUUUGACUUUAGAGUCAGGGCAAAGAGGGGCAGUGGCUGGGAGUGAAAGAUGCCGCGUGAGUCUGAGAGAAAGCAAGAGGAGAACCGCUGAGGCAGGAGCCACCUACUUUCUCCUCACUUGCAGAAUGGAGAUUGGAAAACAGGAUUUGUUGCAGAGAGAACUCUUGACCUCUUUUUACUCAGUGAGCAUAGUUUUAUUUUUUCUUCUUUUUGGUUCUGAUUUUUUCACAUGCGAAGUUCUAUAAGGUCAGUCAGUAUACUGGUUGCCAUGUCGUAGUGGUUACAGUGAGUAACGGUUUUAUAGUGUCACAGUGCAGUUUCACAUACAUGACUUUAUUUCAUCUUUUCCACAGCUCCGUGAGGCAGGUGGUGGUUCUGGGGUGUUGGGUGUCUCCAUUGUACAAAGAGGCACCUUAAGCUCUUGAGAGACUAGAGGAUUAUAUAGCUAACAAAUGUCGGAGUCUGUUUUCAAACUCAGAACAGCACUCUUGAAAUAAGCUUGACGCUGUAUCACCAAGCAUUAGGUUUGCUAUGUGAUGGAAUUUUCCUGUGCUUUGGAACCCCCUGGAGGGGUAGGGAAAAGUGCAGAUUCCUGGAUCACCACCUCCAGAGAGAGCCUCUUCAUCAGGCCUGGGUGGGGCUCGGGCACCUUGUUUUAUAAACAAACAGCUUAGCUGACAUAAGUCAUGCUGGUACUUUGAGAAAUUGCUCAAACACCAUCGGCCUGGACCUCGAUAUGCUCCAGUAUCAAGAAUGCACUCUGUCAUCCCAAAAGCACUAUGCACGUGUUCAUUGUCUCUCACACCUCUGCACGACAGAACACAUUUUUGCGAAAAUAUUUUCUUUUUUAGGAAAUAGCUCAUUUUCUAGACAUGUGCAUUCCUUUUUCUCAGUUUUUUCUUAGAGCCAAUUGUAAAUCACUAAAAUUUUUAAAAGGAGGUAUAAUUGUGCAUGUAGACACGCUGCUUAUUUUGAAUGCUUCCCCGUAGGGACUAUAUAGUUCCUUCAACUUACAGUGUGUGAUUAAGAGGGAGCAACAGGUCAUGCCCGCAUUUUACAGGUGGAGAGAUAGAACCACUUUCCUUUGAUCGUACAAGGGAAAGCUAGGACUGGGCGUUAGGGUUCAGAGCUAGAUGAUUGCCUUCAUCAUGAAUUGAAAGGGUAGGUGAAUGACAGUUGCCUUUUUCAGUAGAACAGUCGUAGGUGCGUGGGAAAGGAGCUGCGCACAAAAUGAAGUAAUGCCACACACACUCACAUCUCAUUUUCACGUGCCAGAUGUUACUGGCCUUUUCCUGAUGAAAGAGUUUGGUGAUGUGACACUCCUGGGUUAGCUCUGCCCGGGGAGGCUCUGGGCACCACUGGGGCCCAAGGUCGCAUUCCUCACAGAGUGAGAGCUGGUGUCCGGGCCUAGAGGAAAACACGCACAGCUCUCGGCACAUCACAGCACAGUGCUGGUAGUGACAUUGUCAACUUUGUGCAGUAAAAAUUGUGUUGUGCCUGUUACUUGGCUCUUCCCACUAUGUAGUUGUGUAAAGGAAGGGAAAAUUCUUAUUUUGGGCAUCAGUAGGAUUAUGUGUGGCUAAGUAUACUUUAUAUGCCUUUGGGAAAUAAAACAGAAAGCUUAAGUCUUUGCCGCAUCACCCAUCACUUAAUGUAAGUAUCUCUUUAUGGAUUCUUCGCUCAGCCUGGCCGCUUCCCUUCUUCCCUUCCUAACGCACACAUGCUAACUGAGCACCUGUUCUGUGCCAGGCACUCUGGUGCUUGUUCUGUAAUAGGGAACAAUUGGGAGGUGACUUCUGAGUUAAAUUAUGGAGCGUUUAUCAGGUUAAGCAUUACCUAAUAAGCAUAUGUUUGUCUUCUUACCUAAGCAUUUACUUGAGUUCAGAUAGUUUUUCAGUUUUUAGAUUGAUUAGAAAUGAACCUAAUGAGAAUGGAGUUUAAAUUUCUUUAACCCAGAGAGACUGUGUGUGUGUUUCUGCGUAAAAUGAUAUAGUCCUUAAAGGAGCUAUCUAUGUGAAAUUCUCGUAAGCCAAAUGAACUGAUGCAGCAUUAGAUUCUGUCUGAAAAAGCUCUGAAAUAUACCCCACAUUCAAGCACUGAGCACCUGUUUCCAUUGCUCCUCCUCUGGUCUGAGCGUUGGUCUCCUGGCCCCUGUAACAGCACCCGGUUGGUCCCUCUGCUCCUCCUACUCCCUGCAGCCCUCCUUUAGCCAGAGUGAUCCUUUCAGGACAUGAGUGAGAUCUCACAUUGCUCCCCUGCUUAGUAUCCCACCCUGGCUUUCAUUGCCCUCAGAAUAAUCUCCGCACUCCUCACUGUGGUCUGCAGCAUCGUGUGACCUGGCCAUUCCGGGUCUCCCAGUCCCUGUCCAGCGCUUCCCUCCUUUGCUCCUGGGUUACCCUUCUGGGUGUUAGUUUACUGUCAUCUUCCUCUGCUAGCUUGUAAGCUCCUGGAACUGCCUGACACAUAGUAGGCUUGCUCAUUGGAUUUCUGCUAUUAAAGGAAUCCUGUGGUGAAUCUUUUCAUAAAACAGAACGCACUCUUAGUGAUUCUUCUUUAGGUUCUUAAUUUGUAUUUACAUAUUUAAAACACACCUGCCUGGACAUAAGGCACCUAGAGAACUGAAACAUUGGGGAUGUGACAGAACUGUCCUAAGACAGAAUAAAUAGAACGGGGACCAGCGAGUUUUUUGUAACUGGCCAGAGAGUAAGCACAUCACGUAUUCAGGCUUUGUGGGCCACAGAGUGUCUGUCACAGCUACUCAGCUCUGCCAUAGCAAGAAGGUAACCAUAGACCACACUGA